AUGGCUACUCCCAAUCAACAAUUAGUUGAUCUUGAUUGGAAAUUUGCUAUUAAUGUGGCAAAUAGUAAAACUGAUGAUAACAAUGGUACAGCUCGACUUUAUUUAAAAUUAACAACAAUGUCAAAUAAUGGUACAAAUCGUACAGAUAUUCCAUUAAGUGUUACAUUAGAACAAUUCUAUGCUCUUGUUCAUCAACUUGAAAAGGCUAAACUUGAAAUGGAUGUUUAUGGUUAA